GGCGGCGGCGGCCGGGGCGGGCGAGGCCGACACCCCGGGCACCUGAAGGGCCGCGAGAUCGGGUUGUGGUACGCGCGGAAGCAGGGCCAGAAGAACCGGGACGCCGAGAGGCAGGAGAGAGCUGUCGUGCACAUGGACGAGCGUCGAGAAGAACAAAUUGUGCAGCUACUGCAUUCAGUCCAAGCUAAGAACGAUAAAGAUUCAGAAGCACAGAUCUCCUGGUUUGCUCCUGAAGAUCAUGGAUAUGGUACUGAAGCUCCUGCUGAGAACAAACCAAACUCGGAGAAGAAACUUGAGGACCAGGAAAAGAAAUUGAUAAAUCAGGAAAAGCAGAUGUUUAGAAUCAGGGACAAAUACAUUGACCGAGAUUCUGAGUAUCUCUUGCAAGCAAAUGAACCAGAUAUAACCUUAGACCAACAAUUAUUGGAAGAUUUACAAAAGAAAAAAACUGACCUUCGCUAUAUUGAAAUGCAGCAUUUCAGGGAAAAGCUGCCUUCAUAUGGAAUGCAAAAGGAAUUGGUAAAUAUGAUCGAUAACCAUCAGGUAACAGUAAUAAGUGGUGAAACUGGUUGUGGAAAAACCACUCAGGUUACUCAGUUCAUUUUGGAUAACUACAUUGAAAGAGGAAAAGGAUCUGCAUGCAGGAUAGUUUGUACGCAGCCAAGAAGAAUUAGUGCCAUUUCAGUUGCAGAGAGAGUGGCUGCAGAAAGGGCAGAGUCUUGUGGCAAUGGUAAUAGUACCGGAUACCAGAUUCGUCUCCAGAGUCGGUUGCCAAGGAAACAGGGUUCUAUCUUAUACUGUACAACAGGAAUCAUCCUUCAGUGGCUCCAGUCAGACUCGCAUCUGUCCAGCGUUAGUCAUAUUGUGCUUGAUGAAAUCCAUGAGAGAAAUCUACAGUCAGACGUUUUAAUGACUGUUAUUAAAGAGCUUCUCAGUUUUCGACCUGAUCUCAAAGUAAUAUUGAUGAGUGCAACAUUGAAUGCUGAGAAAUUUUCAGAAUAUUUUGGUAACUGUCCAAUGAUACACAUACCUGGUUUUACUUUUCCGGUUGUGGAGUAUCUUUUGGAAGAUAUAAUUGAAAAAAUAAGAUAUGUUCCAGAACAAAAAGAACACAGAUCCCAGUUUAAGAGGGGUUUCAUGCAAGGGCAUGUAAAUAGACAAGAAAAAGAAGAGAAAGAAGCAAUCUAUAAAGAACGCUGGCCAGAUUAUAUAAGGGAACUGCGAAAACGGUAUUCUGCAAAUACUGUAAGUGUUAUGGAAAUGAUGGAUGAUGAUAAAGUUGAUCUGAAUUUGAUUGCUGCCCUUAUUCGAUACAUUGUUUUGAAAGAAGAGGAUGGUGCAAUAUUGGUCUUUCUACCAGGCUGGGACAAUAUCAGCACUUUACAUGAUCUUUUGAUGUCUCAAGUGAUGUUUAAAUCAGACAAGUUUCUUAUUAUACCUUUGCAUUCACUGAUGCCUACAGUUAACCAGACACAGGUAUUUAAAAGAACCCCUCCUGGUGUUCGGAAAAUAGUAAUUGCUACCAACAUUGCAGAGACUAGCAUUACCAUAGAUGAUGUAGUUUUUGUGAUAGAUGGAGGAAAAAUAAAGGAGACACACUUCGACACACAGAACAACAUCAGCACGAUGUCUGCUGAGUGGGUUAGUAAGGCCAAUGCCAAACAGCGGAGAGGUCGGGCUGGGAGAGUUCAGCCUGGUCACUGCUAUCAUCUGUACAACGGUCUUAGAGCAACCCUCCUGGAUGACUAUCAGCUGCCAGAAAUUUUGAGAACUCCUUUGGAAGAACUUUGUUUACAAAUAAAGAUCUUAAGGCUAGGUGGAAUUGCUUGUUUUCUGAGUAGGUUAAUGGAUCCACCAUCAGAUGAAGCAGUGUCACUCUCCAUAAAACACCUGAUAGAACUGAACGCUUUGGAUAAACAAGAAGAAUUGACGCCUCUUGGAGUCCACUUAGCACGAUUACCAGUUGAGCCACACAUUGGAAAAAUGAUUCUUUUUGGAGCUCUGUUCUGUUGCUUAGACCCAGUACUCACCAUUGCUGCUAGUCUCAGCUUCAAAGAUCCCUUCGUCAUUCCAUUGGGAAAAGAAAAGAUUGCAGAUGCAAGAAGAAAAGAAUUGGCAAAAGAUACUAAAAGUGACCACUUGACUGUCGUGAAUGCAUUUGAGGGCUGGGAGGAAGCUAGACGGCGUGGGUUCAGAUAUGAAAAAGACUAUUGCUGGGAGUAUUUUCUGUCUUCAAACACUCUGCAGAUGCUGCAUGACAUGAAAGGGCAGUUUGCUGAGCAUCUUCUCGGAGCUGGAUUUGUAAGCAGUAGAAAUCCUAGAGACCCAAAAUCUAAUACAAAUUCAGAUAAUGAGAAGAUAAUUAAGGCUGUCAUCUGUGCUGGUUUAUAUCCCAAAGUUGCUAAACUCCGACUGAAUUUGGGUAAAAAAAGAAAAAUGGUGAAAGUUUACACAAAAACAGAUGGACUAGUUGCUCUUCAUCCUAAAUCUGUUAAUGUGGAGCAAACUGAGUUUCACUACAACUGGCUUAUCUACCACCUGAAGAUGCGGACAAGUAGUAUCUACUUGUAUGACUGCACAGAAGUUUCGCCGUACUGUCUCUUGUUCUUUGGAGGUGAUAUUUCCAUCCAGAAGGAUAAGGAUCAGGAAACCAUUGCUGUAGAUGAAUGGAUUGUCUUUCAGUCUCCAGCCAGAAUUGCCUAUCUUGUUAAGGAGUUAAGAAAGGAACUGGAUAUCCUUCUGCAGGAGAAGAUUGAAAGUCCCCGUCCCGUGGACUGGAAGGACACUACAUCCAGAGACUGUGCGGUGCUCUCAGCUAUCAUCGACUUGAUCAAAACACAGGAGAAGGCAAUUCCCAGGAACUUGCCGCCACGGUUCCAGGAUGGAUACUAUAGCUGACAGUUUUUCUGUGGUGGUCUGAAAAACCAGUUUGACAGCUAUUUUCCAUCACAGUUUAAUUUUUGGCUAGAUGCCAAACACUGGGACAUGAAUAAUUUUCAUGUGUAAAGUAGAAACCUUCAGCAGGUAGUGAAGACUUAGUGUGCAUGAGUUAACAGUGUUAUUUGUAGCUAUUAUAAAUAUACCAUAAAAAACAAUAUGUUCUCUGAUCAUACACUCUGUUGUGAGGGUGUCCGCACUUUGGGACUAUUCCUCUUAUAAAUAGUGUUGUACCACUUAUGAAAAAUUAAUUUUUCUGCCUGUAAUGACUGAAACAGUAAAAAUAGAAUGGUUAGCCAAAAAGCAGUGUCAAGUAAGAAUUUCAGCACAGCCACAUUUUUUAAAUGAAACUACUAUCAGAAUUAAUUUGUUGUAAUAAAGUCCGUUGUUUAAUAAAAUGUACAGUGUGUAAAUCUCAGCUAACUUUUUGACUUGGUGUCUACAUCUCCACCUAUCCCUUGGUUUAUUUGAUGUUUUUUAUCUUUUUAGAAUAUAGUCAUACCCUUUUACCUCACCCUGUGCAGCAUAAUGUAGCAAUUGAGAGCAUGGGUCUGGAGCCUGACUACCCAGAUUUCAGCUCUGUCACUUACUA